AGACGACGAAGUAGAGAGAGCGCGAUUCGAGAGGCACGCGGUACUGCGCGAACGGUCCAGUGUCAGGGCCACAUUCCACCCGUGCAGUGGCCGGAGGACCUAGCAGGGGCAAGACGCGUUCCGUACAAUCCAGGACCCUCUGCCAGCAGCUUCGUCUGAGACUUGCCAGGUAUCAUGGCCCAGGAAUUCAGCGAUGAGCUCGGCAAGGUGCUGAAAGAGCGUGGCGUCAUCGGGGAUGCUCUCGACAAUAUUGAGAAUAAGACUAAAGUGAAACGCGAACAUAUCGUCUAUGGCUUGAUGGGCUUCGUGUUCGUGCUGUUCAUCUGUAAUUUUCUUGGAGCAAAGGCUGCAACAUGCAUCACAACUAUAUGGCCUAUGCUUGGAAGCGUAAGAGCUGUCGAUCGAGCUGACACAUCAGCACUUCAAAAGUGGACAGCGUACUGGAUCGUCUAUGCUCUAGUCAAUGUCUUUUUCAAUUUCAUUUUCAUCGGAAUGUACCGUUACUUCAAAAGGAUAUUUCUGAUCAAGCUGCUGUUCUUGGCAUGGUGCGCAGCACCGGUAAAGGGCAAUGGUGCGCAGAUCAUCUUCCAGAAGGCGCUUGCUGGCAAAAUAUUCCGAGAAGGAGGUGGUGGUGGUGGUGGUUCGGUGGCGCCACCUGCUCCAGCUGCCCCUGCAGCCGGAGGCAAAAAGGACUCCCCUGACAACAGCCGCAAAAUGAAGAAGUGAACGGAGGUCCUGCCACAAAGCCACGCGCGGUGGAAAUGGUGACUCAUCGAGGAGUGGGUUCCCAAAUAAAACGAUCUGUCUGGA